AUGGCAUCAUCAUCUUUGCAACAAGAAAAAGGUAUUGAUGGUGAUGAUACUAAAAAUAUUGUGUUGAAAAAAGGAAAAUGGCAACCAGAAGAAGAUGCAUUAUUAAGAGAAUAUGUGAGAAAAUGUGGAGCUAAAAAGUGGGAUAAAAAAUAUCAAUUUAGUGAAGAAGAAGGGAGAAAACUUAUUCAUCUCUAUAAUCAGUUAGGACCUAAAUGGUCUCAAAUGGUUUCACAGUUUCUUGGAAGAACCAAUAACGAGUUAAAGAAUUUUAUUAAUUCAAGAAAAAGAAGUUUAAAAAAUUCUAGAAAUUUCCUCGUUCCAGAAAGCAUAAACCAUGUUGAUGAGUUGAAUGAGAAUGUUGGAGAAAUAAUUAUUAAAAGGGGUUCUAUUAACCAAAAUAAUAAUGCCUCCGAAGAAAAAGAAAUGACCCUACUAAGAGUGGAAUUUAAUGAUCAAGACAUUCUUUUUGAUAACUAUCUUGAUCAAAUUUUUAAUGAUUCAAAUAUCAAGUUUGAAUCACUUUCAAAGUUGUUUGAUGAUUCAAAUAUCAAGUUUGAACCACUCCGAGAAUGUUCAUACUUUCAAGAUAUGGAUGAUAUAGUUCCAAAAAUUUCAUCAUGUAAUAUGUUUUUUGAUCAAGAUCUUCCUAUGCUUCCAAUAUGUUCAUACAAUCUUGAUGAUCAAGACAUUCUGCAUCGUAACUAA